AUGCCACCCGUUAUCCAACUAAUUGUAAUGAACUUAAUUAAGGCAAGCGAGCCUAAGUAAGGCUGGUUUUAUACACUAUGAAAGUUUCUGUGAUCACAGUAGGAACAUAGCAGAGCCGUAAAGUUGUGAAGGAUUUGUAUAAGAAAUGUUUGAGGUAACCGAGUCAGUAUUAACAUCAAACAUUUGUUACAAAUCUUUCAAUACUUAUAUAGUUUGCAAUUUACACUGCCCAAACGAAAUCCCUACUGCAGGAUCACAGAAAGUUUGAUAGUCGGUAAACCAGCAAAGAAGCACCCCUUAAAUUUUUCACUUUUCGUAAUGACGGCCAAAGCUAUAUGAACGUAUUAAGAUUUUUAAGCAAGCAAGGGCGAAAAUAUUGAUACAAUGAAAUUUACAAUAAUUUAGAAAAGAAUGAACAAUUAUAAUCCCACGCGCAAGUAGGAGACCGCAAGUCUAAUUCCUUAGUAUAAUACUCUGCAUUUACAACCGGAAAAUGACAGAAUAUCACAUCUUGCAUACAACACCUACAUCAUGCAUUUCAAGCUAAGAUAACUGCUACUUUAAGUUAAGUAGCUAGAACUCUUCUGCCCCAUAAACUCCUGUGAAGACGACAGGUGUUUUCUACCGAAUCAUUUAUAUACUUCAACUUUAGUUUGUUUGCCUUUUCGUCGUCGGGUUGUCCUAAAGAUCCCUAUGAUGUAGCAAAUGCUCAAUGUGUACUGUAGUAGAUUCAAAAUCUAAAUAUCGAAGUUAAGUAUUCAAAUUAAUACCAUAGUCCAUGCAUAGUCUGUAUAGCCACAUUAAAAAAUCCUAAUUGAUUCAGCUUCGUAUUAAUAUACCAGUAGUGAUAUUUUGUCAUUGCACAUGUAUAAAGAAAAUAUAAUUCGAAUCGUUUUCAAACAACUUUUUCUGCAGUUUAAUAAUUUGAAAGGCAUGCUUAUUGACAUAAGCCCCGUUUACACUACGCUCGAUUUUUGGUACCGUACCACUUUUUUGGUUCUUGGACUACCUAAAUAGGUAGUCCAUGAACCAAGGGGGUGGUACGGGUACCAAUUUUAUCCGUGCCGUACCAAAAAUUGAGCGUAGUGUAAACGGGGCUUAUAUAGUCGCAUGUUUUUUAAGACAACAAGGACAAUAUAUUUAUUUAAACUUUCUUGGUGAUGUAUUCUGUUCGACUCCAAAUUAAUCUUUCGCGCAUUUAUCGCCUCAGUAUCGAUGAAAGAAUAACUUCUCACACGACUGAUAAAUUUUCACUCAUGGCCAUUUCUAGGAAAGGCCAUGCAUUUUAACUAUUUUCCUCAUGCAUGUACUUCACACACAAAUCACGACAAUUUAUAAUGGAUAACUAUAAUAUAUUUAUUCAUAAUAACUAUAUAAUACAUAUUUAAUCAAUAUAAUUAUUCACCUAACUUGAUUUCUAAGUUAAUAACCACGAAAUUUUAACCUUUUAGGGUAUACACUAAACGCUCAUGAAUUUUACCAUUAUAUGUAUUAUUAUCUAUUAUGAGCUUGAAAAUAUUUUGUGCAUUUAUCGGUUCAGUGACUGCGAAAGAAUUUCUCAUACGACUAAAUUCAAAGUUACAAAAUAAUUAAAAUCACUCCCACUGUCACCUUGGAACUCAUAGAGCGUGCAUUCUAAUUUAAUUGCCUGGUCUAAUUUUUUACAUUAAAAUGGCUGACUCAUGGCUGAGCCGAAAAUAAAAUAAAAAUAAUCUCCCGACUGUUAAUAAAGUUUAAUUAACUUUCUCUCCAGGGGCGUAAAGCGACUGUAUUACUUAAACCCCGGAGAAGCCCAGUUUUCACAAUUGGCUGUUGGUGUUGGCUUCGUGAAGACUGAAUUAUUUUCUACUGUUAUCUGCUCAUUCGGAACUAUAUCGGACAAGAUGAAGCUUUCUGUGGUAAGUAAGAUACAAAGUUCUGCAUGUUUAUGAAUACAUUUUGACAUAUUAGGGCAGACGCUCUCUGGUUUGAAAUAUUUAUUUAACGAGCUUUUGACUGACAAUCUGCAGUCUUCAACUAGUAGUUUACAAUGAAAUAGAUCGAAAUGACAACUUGCAGUUUACAAUCGCAUACACGCGGAACAAAAACAUGAGACGAGUGACAAGAAUUGACAGUUAUGGUCACAUAAGUUAUUAAUGCGGACUAAUAGGUCUAUACAACGCGGGGAAAAAUUGUCAACGUUUCUUGAGUAAAAAAAUCCGAUAUUUUUCUCGUGAAUUUUUAAAAUUAUUGUCAGCAUUUUUGUUCUUGCAUGCAGUGUGCCAUUAUUCCACUGUUGAUCUGUGCCGAUUACCAAUAUUACUGCUUCGUUCUCAAAAUCAAUUCGGUGGGUCGGUUUUUCCAGGCAUGGUUGGCAAUGUUGGACCCGCUCUUACAUAAUUGUUCAACAUUUCUUUUAUGCUCCUUUCUUCUGGUGUUGAAUGUUCUGCCCGCCUCACAAAUGUAACUCCAGGUGUAAUCUGCGCAGCUGAUUCGAUAGAUGAACAUAGAUUGAUUGAUAACGAUAGAUAUUGCACGUUGCAUAAAGCUUUAGGUUCCUCGAUUAUUACAGUAAAAUCCCGUGGACACUGGGAACUUAUACUAUAUUUUCCAGUUUAGGGAGAAUAGGUUCUUAUAUGUCUGAUCACAACAUUUAGUUGUAUUUCAUGCAUAUAUGACAUAGUUGUAUUUGUGGCAACUGUCCUGGUUAUAGGUUCAAUAAAAAUGUAUUAAUUAACCCCUUUAAAUGGCAUAAUGCACCCUAAUGCGCCCUACUUUAGUAUUGUAGUCUAAUGCGAGACGAUUUUACUCGUCAAGUGGAGAGUGCUGCCACUCAAUGGGUUAAAACAAUCUGCCCACCAUCCUCUCAACCUUUAAGAAGUGGCAAUGCACACUGAUACGCCCUACUUUAGUAUUUUAAUCUGUCUAAUGCCAGACAAUUUUAUUCGUCUGAGAGUGCUGCCACUCAUUGGGUUAAAACAAUCUGCCCAUCAUCCUCUCAACCUUUAAGAAGUGGCAAUGUACACUGAUAGCCCUACUUUAGUAUUUUAAUCUGUCUAAUGCCAGACAAUUUUACUCGUCUGAGAGUGCUGCCACUCAAUGGGUUAAAACAAUCUGCCCAUCAUCCUCUCAACCUUUAAGAAGUGGCAAUGCACACUGAUACGCCCUACUUCAGUAUUUUAAUCUGUCUAAUGCCAGACAAUUUUACUCGUCUGAGAGUGCUGCCAGUCAAGAGGGCCCUGAAGAGGUAAACUGGGAACUGGGAUUGAUCUAUUUUUAGACUGGGAAAAUGGGAUUUGGGUUGCUGGGACUGGGAUUUGGCCACUGGGAAUGGGAAAUGAAGUCCUCAAAAAUGGGAAUGGGAUUGAGGUAAUGCGAGUCGAUUCCCAAUUUUUCUACAUUUUAAGUGUUUUAAAAUAUAAUUUUGAUCCGUUUUCGGUGUCUUUGGUCAUGAUUGUUGUUGUUAACUAUAUUAUUCACAGCACUACCUGCGAACAGGCAUACUCUGGCGCCCGGAAUUCUGGGUUUUCUGAUUAUGCGUGUCUCAGAAUGCUACAAAUGCCAUUUCCGGGAUUCAAAUUUAAAAAUGUUCUGUGCCUUCGGCACGAGCCCCCCCUGUAUUUCAUGAAGUGUCCACCACUUGCACACACGAUGGCUUAAAAGGUCUUAAAACUGUUUAUUGUACGGAUAAAUAAAGGGUUUUUUAUUGACUGGGAUUUCAAUAACUCGGACUGGGAUUUCUAAUAAAAAUCCAACUGGGACUGAGAUUUUGACCUUCACUCAAUGGGUUAAAUUUCACUCAAAUUUUCCAUCUACAAAUUCCUUCCAAAUAUAUUUACCCUUUUGUUUGUUUAGGCUGUACUUUUGUUGGCUUUAUUUACCACUACCUUGGCUCGCAGUCCUCUCUACAACCUUUUCAGGCGUGACGUCAAGGGUAAAAGAGACGGUAUAUCAUCCUUACUGAUUUAUAGACUUUUAAUAUACUUGUUCUUUAAUGUUGUUAGAGAUUAUAAGAAUUCUUGCUAAACUCUUCUUUUUAUAUUUCUUUUUAUAGGUAACGACAAGUAAGUAGUUGAUUUUUUUAAAUAUGAUAUGCCUGUGAACCGUUGAACUAUUGAAUGUGUUAGGCUAGUAUAUACAGGACCAUUGCUCGACAUUUUUGUUAUGUGAUUCUUUAUAUGCUGAGAUGCAAACGAAUUAUAAGUUAUUAUAUAUAAGAGGCGAUGCAUGAAAACCGUUCAGAGCCCAAAUAUGUUUGGCGUAUUUUGUUUUAGCAUUAUCUUCUAUUUCAUACAGUUAUAGUUACCUUUUCAAAUGUAUCUGCCGGCUCAAAAACAUGGAACAAUACAAAAAAGUUAAUGUGCUAUAAUAUUAUAUUGAUGCCAGAUUUAUGCAGCAAUAUAAGCAAAACUUGCUGAACUUCAAUCAGGUGCAACUUCCCCUCCCCUCCCCCACCCCAGAAAAUUUACCUAUUACACUACCAUAAAUUUUGUAGACAAUAUUAUAUAAAUUAUUUUGUGUUCUUUCGUUUUAAUUAAAGGGGUGUCAAAAAGAUUGAGAAGGAAAUUGACGAAGAAAUUGAAAUUGGUGAAGAACUGGCAAAGGACAUUGGAAGAGAG